AUGGCCUUCUCGAGAAUCGCUCAUCUUCUUCACCAUCGAUUCUUCAGACCAUUCACCACGAAGCAGCUAAUAGACAACACAACCUUCCUCCCUCCCAAUCAAUCCCACCUCGCCCAAACCCUAAUCACAAUCUUCACAAAACAACCAUUCUCCCCAGACGACCCUGAGCUUCUCCGUCUCGCUCCAGAACUCAACACCAAAGUAGUCGAAACCGUCUUAAACGGAUUCAAUAGGUGGAACUUGGCUUACCUCUUCUUCAAUUGGGCGUCUAAACAAGAACGCUAUAAGAACGAUAUGUAUGCUUACAACGCCAUGGCUUGUAUCCUAUCACGUGCUCGACAAAAUGCCUCACUGAAAGCUUUGGUUGGAGAUGUUUUAAACUCUCGCUGUUUGAUGUCUCCAGGGGGUUUAGGGUUUUUCAUUAGGUGUUUGGGUAAUGCUGGACUUGUGGAAGAAGCAAGUUUUGUUUUUGAUAGAGUUAGAGAGAUGGGUCUUUGUGUACCCAAUGUGUAUACUUACAACUGUUUGUUAGAAGCGGUUUCUAAGUCGAGUUCGGUUGAUUUGGUUGAGAGGAAGUUGGAGGAGAUGAGGCGUUGCGGGUUUCGUUUCGAUAAGUUUACUCUCACGCCGGUUUUGCAGGUUUACUGCAGGUCCGGGGAGGCGGAGAGAGCGUUGAGUGUUUUUAACGAGAUGCUUAGUAGAGGCUGGCUUGAUGAACAUGUUGGGACGGUCUUGGUUGUGUCGUUUUGUAAGUGGGGACAGGUGGAUAAGGCUUUUGAGUUGGUUGAGAUGUUGGAGGAACGGGAGAUUAGGUUGAAUUAUAAGACGUACUGUGUUUUGAUACAUGGGUUUGUAAAGGAGAAGAGGGUUGAUAAAGCACUUGAGUUGUUUGAGAAGAUGCGUGGGAUGGGUAUGAGUGGUGAUAUUGCGUUGUAUGAUGUGUUGAUAGGAGGGGUUUGCAAGGAAAAAGAUGUUGAGAUGGCGCUGAGUUUGUAUUUGGAGAUGAAGAGGUUAGGGGUUUUACCUGAUAGAGGAAUACUUGGGAAGCUAAUACGUUCUUUUUCUGAAGAAAGUGAGUUAAGUAGGGUAACAGAAGUAAUUAUUGGAGACAUAGAUACAAAGUCUGUGAUGCUUCUUUAUAAAACUUUGUUGGAGGGGUUUAUUGGGAAUGGUUUGGUUCAUGAUGCUUACAAUUUUAUUCAGAACCUCAUGGGAAAUAAUGAGUUUGAUUGUGGAGAGUCUAUGAUUAUACAGCUUCUAAAGGAUCACAACAAAGCAAUUCUCCCAGAUUUGGAUUGUCUUGGUAGUGUGAUUGACUGUUUGGUCAAAGCUAAUGAGGUGCAUAUAGCAGUGAGCUUGUUACAUAAUAUUGUUCAGAAAGGCCUUACUCCAAGUCUUCUGAUGUACAACAACAUAAUUGAGGGGAUGUGUAAAGAAGGAAGGUCAGAAGAAAGCUUGAAACUCUUGGGGAAAAUGAGAGUUGAACCAAGUCAAUUCACACUUAAUUGUAUUUAUGGUUGCUUGGCUGCACAAUGCGAUGUUGCAGGAGCAUUAGACCUGCUGAAAAAGAUGCGUUUCUAUGGAUUUGAGCCAUGGAUAAAGCAUUCGACCUUCCUUGUUAAAAAACUGUGUGAGAGUGGGAGGGCCGUUGAUGCUUGCAAGUAUCUUGAUGAUGUGGCUGGAGAAGGUUUCUUGGGUCACAUGGUUGCAUAUACUGCUGCGAUCGAUGGUCUCAUAAAAUACAAGGGAGUGGAUAAAGGUUUGGAGCUGUUCCGAGACGUAUGUGCCAGUGGACAUUCCCCUGACGUGAUUGCAUACCAUGUAUUGAUAAAAUCUCUAUGUAAAGCAUGCCGAACUACUGAAGCUGAUGACCUGUUUAACGAAAUGGUAUCAAAAGGACUAAAACCUUCUGUUGCUACUUAUAACAGUAUGAUAGAUGGAUGGUGCAAGGAAGGUGAGAUUGAUCGGGCAAUGUCCUGUAUUGCGAGGAUGUAUGAGGAUGAGAAAGAGCCUGAUGUUGUAACGUACACUAGCUUAAUCCAUGGGCUGUGUGAUAGUGGAAGACCUAGUGAAGCAAUCUCUCGUUGGAAUGAAAUGAAGGGAAAAGAUUGCUGUCCAAAUGUAGUUACUUACAUGGCACUUAUUCAGGGUCUUUGCAAGUGUGGUUGGUCGAGUGAGGCUUUGGUUUAUUUUCGUGAGAUGGAAGACAAGGAAAUGGAACCUGAUUCAGCUGUUUACAUAUCGCUCGUAAGCUCUUUACUGUCAAGUGGAAACAUGAGUGCCGGGUUUGGGAUAUUCAGAGAAAUGGUUGAUAAAGGAAGGUUUCCGGUUUUGGUAGAUAGGAACUACCUGCUUGCUGUUGAUGCUGCGAAUAAGUUUGUGGAAGAUUAUAGGAUCUCAUGUUAUCUUACAUGUCUGAUUAAAGACGGCAGAUUUCCUAUUGUACCUGAUGUGAAUUGAUAAUGAAGUAUUUAGUGAGAUGGGUUGCAGAGCGUUUUCAGAUAAGAAGCUACCUCCUUGUUGCUACUCUCAGUCUAAUGUCAUUGGACCAGGCUCACUUUACAAGAUGUAUGCGCAUAACAUUCCAG